AUGGGAGAUGUGCAGCUGGUGACCAGUUCUCGCAUCUCGAAGAGCAGCCUGACCAUGGGGAGAGGCUCUCAGAGUAAUGAAGCCCCAGCCUUUACCCUGCCUCCUCGCAAUGCCCGUGUGUGUCUUGGGGGCACUGCUCGUCUUGAGGGCAAGGUGCGUGGAAGUCCAGAACCUCAAGUGUGUUGGUUUAGAAAUGGAAAAGCUGUGAUCGCCGGAGGCCGGUUCUCCAUGGAACAGAGCGCACGUGGAACAUUUAGCCUGAUGGUUGAAGGAGUCCAGGAAGAAGAUGCAGGGCGAUACACCUGUGAGGCUGUCAAUGAUGCAGGCAGUCGACAGGUUACUGUGGAGAUAAUUGUUGAAGACAAUGCAGUGAAGAAAUACAACCUGUCCUCUUCCAGUAAAACAGGGGGUCGCUUAGGGCUCCCUGCAGUGGAGAACAGACCGAGUAUCUGGGGUGAAAGCCCCCCAAAGUUUGUGACCAAACCUUCACGCCUCUACCUGAAAAUAGGGCAGACGGGCAAGUUCUCUGUGAAGAUCACAGGACGUCCCCAGCCUCAGGUCCAGUGGUUUAAGGGUGAUGAGGAGCUCCAGAGUUCAGAUCACUACAACAUGUUUGAAAGGUCCGGGCUGCACUUCCUGGAGAUCCGCUGUGCAUGUGCAGAGGAUGCUGGCAUAUACACCUGCCUACUGGCCAACAGCGCGGGUAAAGCCUCUGCUACGGCAGAGGUCACAGUUCAAGGUUCAGACACAGAAGAAGGCAUAACCAAAUCUUCACCUCAGGAUCUCCCAAAGGGGGCUGCUUCACCUGCCAUCAAACACUCCAGCAACGGCCUUAUCAAUGACCAAAGACCUGCCAGCACUUCGGCAUGGACUGUAACCAUGGACACACACACUACAGUGACCACCACCACAACAGCCAAAGAAAGCCUGGCAAUCAGGCCAGAGGUACGUGAAAGCACUGUGACGUCAGCACCGCAGCCCACUGAUGAAGCCAAAGAUGAGGUGUCAGCAAUAGGUCAACAGAGGUCAGUCAGCUCCAUGACCUUUAGGAGUCAACAGACCAAGAAGAGCAGUUUUGAUUCCAGCAGCAGAGGAACAGAGCAAGAUGUGGAAGCAGAAGCAAAUAGAUCUCCAGUGAGAAGCCCAGUGCCUGCAGUGAUGGAGUCUAGCAGGGAGGCCCGCAGGCUGGCCAGAGAGAGUCGGCUCGAGGCCCUGGCAGCCCCACCCAGCUUUGACUCCCAGCCUCAAAGCCAGGAAGUCACAGAGGGAGCUGAAGUCAUAUUCAAAUGCCAAGUGUCUGGCUGGCCGGUGCCUGCUGUGAGCUGGGUUAAAGAUGGCGCUGUGCUCAGACAGAGAGCAGGGAUCAGAUCACAGCAGGAGGGAAGUCUGCAUCUGCUCUGUGUGGAGAAUGUACAGAAAGCAGAUGCAGGCCAGUACGGCUGCACCGCUACCAACAGCAAAGGAAAAGUUACCUCCAGCUGGACGCUUACAGUGAAGAGUGUACGUGUGGAGGGGAAGGCUCCUGUGUUCAGCAGUGCUCUGCAGGGCUGCACAGUGACAGAGGGACAGAGUUUUACUCUGCAGUGUUCAGUGGAGGCUCAGCCCCAGCCCAUCAUAUCGUGGUUGUUUAAUGAUAAGGCCAUCCCAUAUGGGCAUGCUGUGUUUGAGGAUGGUGAGGCCCAGCUGAUGGUCCAGGAUGCUGUGUGUGCUGAUGAAGGCUUGUACUCGUGUGUGGCUGAGAAUGAGCAUGGUCGAGUGGUGUGCACAGCCAGAGUGCUGGUUAAAGCCAAGGCAAGUGUUAAGAAGCCAGUACCUAUGCCAGUCUCAGAGAUGAAGAAAACCUCUGCCCCAGUAUUCCUGAAAGAACUGCACGAUCUGAAGGUCAUGGAUGGCAGUCAGGUCACUAUGACUGUGGAGGUGACAGGACAUCCUGCUCCAGAAGUGCUAUGGCUGCACAAUGGGAAGGAGAUUCAAGAGUCUGAGGACUUCCACUUUGAGAGGAAAGGCAACGAAUACAGCCUCUUCAUACAGGAGGUAUUUCCUGAGGACACUGGCACAUACACCUGUGAGGCAUGGAAUGAGGAAGGCGAGGCCCGUACUGAGGCAUCACUCACUGUUCAAGAACCUCAGGAUGGUGUGCAGCCAUGGUUUAUCACUAAGCCCAAAUCAUCCACAGUAUGCAUGGGUCAGCAUGCCCUGCUGUCCUGCGCCAUAGCAGGAGACCCCUUUCCAGAGUUCUUCUGGAUAAAGGACGGACAAGAAGUCUCACCUGGGCGGGAUUUUGAGAUCCUGCAGAAAGAAGACGUGGUUUCGCUCCUCAUUAGGAGAGUGAAGCCUCACCAUGCUGGAGACUAUGAGAUUCAUCUCAAGAACAAAGUAGGAGACUGCAGCUCAAUGGCCUCCUUGAUAGUGAGUGAGGAUUCUGAAGAAGAAUCUCAUAAAAUAGAGGGUUCUAGGAGAGCUGGAGGGGUGGAGAGGACAGACAGAGGCAGGGGAGAGCAGAGAGAGGCAUCCAGCCCUGCAGUGUUCCAAUCAGAGCAGGACCCACUUUGGAAGCAUCAGGAUCAGGGUUGGGAUCUAGAGGAGCCCAUCGCUGCCCGUGGUCUUCUGAAGAGGCGCGUGGAGACCAGGGAACACCGGGAAGACCAGAUCCGUCAGAAGGAGGCCGAACAGAUCGACUUCCGAACUGUCCUGGGCCGCAAGGUCACCACCAAGAGCGUCUCGGAGGAGGACCUGAAGGAGAUCACGGCCGAGCAGAUGGACUUCAGGGGCAACCUCCAACGGCAGAUCAAGCCCAAGACGCAGACUGAGGAGGAAAGAAAGGUCAACUCUCCGCAGCAGGUGGACUUCAGAGCAGUUCUGGGCAAGAAGGGAACUGGAGCCAUCAAGGCUGGUUCUUUUGACAAACCAGAGCCCAGCAAAAAUGACCCAGCUGACUUCAGAUCUGUGCUGGGAAACAAGAAGAAGCAAGGGAGUCUGGAUAACAGUGGAGAGAGUCCAUCCCCAAAGAGCUCCAAAGGGAAGGAGAAUGAUGUGAACUGUGUGGAUGGAGGGAUGAUAGAGCCAAAGAAUGCAGUAGGAGGGAAAGAGCUGGUUUUCACACAAAAACUGAGCGACGUGACUGUACUGGACGGGGAACGUUUGCAUUUGCAGUGCCAGCUAUCAUCUGAAUCUCCUGCUACUGUUACAUGGACUCUAGAUGGGAAAGUGAUCAAGCCCUCCAAAUUCAUCAUCAUUACUAAUGAAGGUGGUUUGUGCUCUCUGACCAUCGAUAAGGCCUUGCCUGAAGAUGAGGGUCAGUAUGUAUGCAGAGCUGAAAGCUUGGCAGGAAGAGCAGAGUGUUCCUGUAUGGUGCUGGUUGAUGAUCCCAGUGCCUCAAGCUCAACACCGACUGACAAGAAAAGCAAGAAGCCCUCUACCCCAACCACAGAGAAUGAGGCCAGAAUAAAGAAGCCGCCACCAAAAACGCCUCCUAAACAAGGUGUUCCACCUCAGAUCCUGCAGUUUCCUGAUGAUAUGAAGAUCCUGGCAGGUGAGCGGGUUAAUCUCCUCUGCAAGUUCACUGGAACUCCACCCCUCAGCUGCAACUGGCUCAAGUUCCGCAAACCAAUUCAAGAGGGGAAAAGUGACCUCACCAUUGAGAGCACAGAUUCCAGCAGUCAACUUACCAUAGAAAGUGGCCAGCAGGAGCACUGUGGCUGCUACACCAUCGAGAUCAGGAACAACUAUGGCAUGAGGCAAGCUGCCCUCAACCUCACUAUCGUGGACAAACCUGACCCUCCUGCACGCAUCCCAGCUGCCACAGACGUCCGCAAAUCUAGCCUGACUCUCUCCUGGUACGGGCCCACGUAUGAUGGUGGAAGUGCUGUCCAGUCUUAUAACCUGGAGAUUUGGAACUCAGUGGAUAAGCAAUGGAAGGAGCUGGUGUCCUGCAACAGCACCUCCUACAACGUUCAGAACCUGCUACCUGACCAGCAGUACAAGUUCCGUGUGAGAGCUGUGAAUAUCUACGGUGUUGGGGAGCCCAGUGCUGAGUCUGUACCUGUGGAAGUGGGGUUGGAAGAAGAAGAAGAUGAAAAUAAAGAAGAUGAGAUUGAGCAUUCAGAUGAUGAAUCAGAGAAGGUGCCUGAAUACAGAGACGUGACCAUCAGAACAGAUGUGAAGGUUAAAGACCUCUAUGAUGUGGAAGAGCGGCUGGGAUCGGGUAAAUUUGGAACAGUGUUCAAACUGAUCGAGAAAUCAACCAAGAAGGUCUGGGCUGGGAAAUUUAUAAAAGCGUAUUCUGCAAAAGAGAAAGAAAACGUCAGGCAAGAGAUUGGAAUCAUGAACGACCUGCAUCAUCCAAAGCUCGUGCAAUGUGUUGAUGCCUUUGAGGGAAAAUCAGACAUUGUCAUGGUGCUGGAAAUGAUCUCCGGUGGGGAGCUGUUUGAGAGGAUCAUCGAUGAAGAUUUUGAGCUGACAGAGAGAGAGGUUAUUAAAUACAUGCUGCAGAUUGUGGAUGGGGUCAGUUUCAUUCAUAAGAAAGGCAUCGUUCACCUGGACCUCAAACCAGAGAACAUCAUGUGUGUCAACAAAACAGGGAGCAAAAUCAAACUCAUCGACUUUGGACUUGCUCGAAGAUUAGAAAAUGCAGGUUCACUGAAGGUCCUGUUUGGCACUCCAGAGUUUGUUGCUCCAGAGGUGAUCAACUAUGAAGCAAUCAGUUACCCUACAGACAUGUGGAGCAUAGGCGUCAUCUGCUAUAUACUUGUGAGCGGUUUGUCUCCGUUCAUGGGGGACAAUGAUAACGAGACGCUGGCUAACGUUACCUCGGCAACCUGGGACUUUGAGGAUGAGGCAUUUGAUGAAAUUUCAGAUGAGGCUAAAGACUUCAUCAGCAAUCUGCUGAAGAAAGACAAGACUGCUCGUCUGACCUGUGAGCAGUGCUUUCAGCACCCCUGGCUUAAACAGGACACCAAGAACAUGGAGGCCAAGAAGCUCUCCAAGGAGAGGAUGAAGAAGUACAUCCUGAGGAGGAAGUGGCAGAAAACGGGUCAUGCGGUGCGCGCAAUAGGCCGGCUCUCCUCCAUGGCUAUGAUGGCCGGUGUCCACGCCAAGAAGGGCUCCCCUACAGAAGAGGAGAACCAGUUCCCAGAGGAGAGUGAGGAGAGGAGCCCGAUGAAGCCCACAUUCACUUCAGUGAUAAAAGACGUGGAGGUGGUGGAGGGCAGUGCUGCACGCUUCGACUGCAAGAUUGAGGGUUAUCCGGACCCUGAGGUGGUGUGGUAUAAGGACGAUCAGCCCAUUAAAGAGACGCGUCAUUUCCAGAUCGAUUACGAUGAGGAUGGGAAUUGCAGCCUGGUUAUCUCUGAGGUCAGCGGAGAUGAUGACGCAAAGUACACUUGCAAAGCGGUCAACAGCCUCGGGGAGGCCAUCUGCACGGCUGAACUGAUUGUAGAGGUGAUGGGAGGAGGGGAAGAGGAAGAGGAGGAAUAAGUAGUACAAAAUGAAUGAAUUAUAUUUCUUUAUUAUGCUUUUCGUUUCUCUUCUUAGCUUGUUGGUUUUGCUCUCACUCACUUGGCCUGAUGGAGGUAAAAUGAAGAUAGGUUUGGAUCACUCUUUUCUACGUUUGCUUUUAUUGCACUUUUACUCUUUUCUACUCUUCUACUUAUACCAUUUUGGCAGUGAACACCAGACACAAUAUCAGGUGUUGAGGUAUUUAUAAAAUUACUUUAAUGUUACUCACAUUCCAGGUUUCAUGUGAUGGAAUAUAUGCAGUAUUUAAAUUUGUUAAGUUUUAUUUUGCUCUUUAAACAAACAAUCCCAAACUCAUAAGUGUGUUUGUGUGCUCAGAGACCAGCAUUACUGUGUGUGUGUGGGGGGGGCUUCUCUAUUAGAACUAUUGUAUGUAGUACUAUUUAAGCACAGACAUGUUAGCUUUAAUGCUUUGAUGCAUUUGUUUGGAGACGUUGCCACUCACUCAUCACCAUCUUUCAAGAAUAACUUUUCAGAAGAAGCACUUACUGUUACAGGAAGUUCAAUUGUAUGUUUUACGUUACAUGUGUAUGUAGAUUAUAUUUGCUUAAUUUUUACAUGUACUAGUUUGACAAAGUGUAGAUUACAUUGUAUUGAGAACACUACAACUGUAGUAACUCACUGUUAUAGAAUAAAUUUUUAUCACAAAUAA